CUCAAGGACAAACACUGUACACGCCGUGGUAUGCUGUCUACAGUGUGUUCGGUAUACGAUCCGCUCGGAAUAGUGGCGCCAGUAAUUCUAAUUGGAAGACAAAUACUUCAGGAUUUAUGUCGCGACAACUAUGGCUGGGACGAUCUUGUUCGAAACGAGCUCCUCAGCCGUUGGGAAAAAUGGGGAUCCGACCUUCACCUUCUCGAGCAAGUAAAGUUACCUAGAUGUGUCAAACCAACUGGCUUUGGAAAACCUACCAAAAUUGAAAUACACAGUUUCUCUGAUGCAAGCGAUGUAGGAAUCGGACAAGUGUCAUAUCUACGCAUGACAAAUGCCGAAGGCCAAAUACACGUGAGUUUUCUCAUGGGAAAGGCACGUGUGGCUUCUUUAAAGUUGAUGUCAACCCCCAGGAUGGAACUCACAGCGGCCGUAGUAUCAGUAAAUGUUUCGAGCAUGCUCAGCAAAGCGUUGAAGUAUAAAGAGACCGAAGAGUUGUACCAUACCGAUUCCACAGUAGUUCUCGGGUACAUCAACAAUGAAGCAAGAAGGUUCCACACUUAUGUCGGAAAUCGAGUGCAGUACAUCCGUGACAGAUCAAAACCUGAACAGUGGCGACACGUUGCUGGGGAACUUAAUCCAGCAGACGAAGCUUCACGUGGUCUCACAGCGACCGAAUUGCUACAGAAUUCCCGUUGGUUCGUUGGUCCCGAGUUUCUGUGGCAAGAAACCGAGCAGACCCACCAACAACUCAGAGCCGAGCUAGAUCCCAACGACCAAGAAGUCAGGAAGGAAGUAACCACAGUGCUAACCACCCAGCAAGUCAGGAGAGAUUUCCCAAAGGUCCUUGAAGCAGACCGUUUCAAACACUCCUCUUCCUUCUAUCGAUUAAAGCGAAGCAUCGUAUGCAUACAGCGAAUGAUCGAGAGAAAACGAUCUGACAAACAAUACAAUUGGAGAAUACAAGAAGGACCACCAACUGUUAGAGAGCUUGAAGAAGCGGAGAAAUUAAUCUUGAAAUCUAUUCAGUACAAACAUUUUUCUGCCGAGGUUGAUGAUAUGCAAAGGCUAGCCGGGAACGAGGACAUGUUUCAAGAUAGACAAUCCGCCAAAGUGAGGAACUCCACGUUGAAACGUACGUCAAGUUUGCACAAGUUGGAUCCCUUCCUAGACGGUGAAGGUAUUCUCAGAGUCGGCGGCAGGCUGAAAAAUGCAACAACGCCUUACGAAGUUAAACACCCUGUACUCAUCCCUAAGAACGACCACGUGACAAACCUGCUGAUACGACACCAUCACGUUGCCCAGAAACACCAAGGCUACGGUAUAACCCACAACGGAAUACGACAAGCAGGAUACUGGGUCAUUAACGGACGUACAGUAAUAUCACACGCCAUCCACGGCUGCGUCACGUGCCGAAGAUUACGAGGCAAGUCCAUAGAACAGAAAAUGGCAGACCUACCAAGCGAACGUGUAAAUCCUGCACCACCAUUUGCAUACACCGGCAUGGAUGUUUUUGGCCCGUUUUAUAUUAAAGAAGGCAGAAAAGAGCUCAAGAGAUGGGGUAUCAUCUUCACGUGCUUAGCCUCUCGAGCAGUCCACCUGGAAACCCUCAAUUCGAUGAACACAGACUCAUUCUUAAAUGCGUUAAGAAGAUUUAUUAGUCGACGUGGCAACGUACGCGAAUUACGAUCAGACCAAGGCACGAAUUUCAUUGGUGGAAGAAACGAAUUGACAACGGCACUCGAAAGCCUCGACAACGAUGCUAUCAAAGGAUUCCUCUCCAACAAAGGCUGCGAUUGGAUCAAAUUUACGAUGAACGUGCCGUCGGCUUCUCACAUGGGAGGUGCUUGGGAAAGACUUAUUCGUACUGUGCGCUCUGUGCUUUCAACACUUUUGUUUAACCAUGGAACACAACUCGACGAUGAGUCGUUAAGAACCCUGAUGACAGAGGCAGAGAGCGUGGUGAACAAUCGUCCAUUGACGGUGUGUAACUUGUCAGAGCCGGGAACGCUGGAGCCGCUCACGCCAAACCACCUGCUAACAUGUAAAUCUGAGAUAAUCCUACAGCCACCAGGUGACUUUACGAGACCAGACCUCUACAGUCGCAAGAGAUGGAGAAGAGUACAAUAUUUGACCAAUCAGUUUUGGCAAAGAUGGCGAAAAGAAUACAGCAACAUGCUACAGUGCGAAAGAAAAAAGUGGACACGUCAGCGCAGGAAUAGCAGAGUAGGGGAUAUCGUCAUCGUGCGUCACGACGAUCUUGCCAGAAAUAACUGGCCACUCGGAAAAGUCGUAGAAGUCUAUCCCAGCGACGACGACCUCGUGCGCAAAGUACGAAUCCUCGUAAGUCAUGGAGGUAAAUUGAGUCAUUUGGACCGACCUGUGCAUAAAUUGGUUCUUAUCGUUGCACAAGAAGAUGGUGAAAAAGAGAACAUUUGAUCCAGAGCAGACCCAGACCGGGUAUGGUUCCCCACCGAGGAGCCUUUCGUUAGAUAAAUAUUUAACAAGAGACAUUACAGUGAACUUUAUUAGCUUAGGACAAGAAACAUCAAACUUAUUGCAUGUACGUUCAUAUUUGUUAGUUGUUCAUACAUUUAUCAUUGUCUGGGGGAGCCAUGUAACGCCCUCUCAGUCGUUUAUCUUGGGUUGCUAUGCAUGUUAGUCGCCCGCUUUUAGGAACUUAGAUUCGCCAAGUGGCAUGCUUACAGUCGGCACACAAGUCGUAAGUACUGCUAUAUUUUGCUGUAUAUUUUGAAUCUUCCUUUUGUAAUUUUAGCUUAUUUUGUUUAUAUUGUAGUUUGACGGUUCGUAGAAGAUAAAUAUAGUACACUUUUAAAGUCCUGUCGUCACAGUUGUUGUGUAUCUAUAACUAUAAGAUAGCUUGAUCGGUUAUCGGCCAUAAAUCCAUACGAGCCGUAAGACCUGUGUCGUAUUUGCACUACCAAGACGGUAGAUACACAUUGGAAAUGCUUUUGCAAUGUGCCUAUCCGAUAUAGCUCUGGAUUCGCUUGCUAAGGACGAUCUUAGUAAAUCUGUUGUAACCGAAUCAUACAACAAUGCAUUGAAUCGCCAGUGGAGCUCGUUUCUUUGCCUUCUUGCAUUGUCAAGUGCAAUAAGCCUUCCAAUUGAGACAUACUUUCCCAUCCCAACAACAAAUGAAUGCACCUCCGAAGAGAAGAAAGAUUCUUUGUCCACAAUGUUUAAUUGCACUAUUCAGCCACGAGUAACAACUAAAUUGAAUUCUGAUGAGAGGAUUCACAUUUUUCGGUGUGCACUGAUGCCAAUAGAUUAUUCUGCGGUGAGUAAAAUUCCUGCACGUAAAAACCAUUACGUUGCCUUCUGUAAGCCAAACGACAACAUCAGUGACCCAACCUGCAUUUAGAAGUUUUUUAUGAAGCCCGUUCUCUCCGGUAUUGACGCAAGUUCGACCGAAAUAAGGAAGACACCUUCAUAUGCUGGAAAAAUAUCACAGGCGUUGUCUGCUCCCCAAUCCUCAUCUGCCCAUCAACCUUCAUCCGCUGCCCAACCUUCAUCUUCUGGUAUACAAAAAGUUAAAAAAAAGCAAGCUGUUCUUGAUAAUUUUUUUCCGAAGAAAAGAAAAUUCGCCGAGCAAAGUGUGAUGAAGAGGCUCAAAUUCAUAACCAACAACCGAAGAAACGGCUAAGCAGCUCGCUGGUACAAAAAGAAUCAUUUUCAAAACCGGAUCCUUUUAGUUUUCCCACAGACAUUGCCAAUUACGCGAACGCAUCCUCGUUAACUGAUGAACGAAAGUACCACGUUCUUUGUAAUGUUUGGAGACCAUCGGCAACGUAGACGUUUCCAUUGGACAACGACAAAAGAAAGUUCCGUUUUGAAUGGUUGAACUUAUUCCCGUGGCUAGCGUAUUCACAAAAGGUGGAUGGAGCUUUCUGCAUAAAUUGCGUGUUAUUUGGUUCGGAAUGUAAAGGUGUACACAAUACAAGUAAACUGAACAGGCUAUUUACAUCCUCCUUAAGAACAUGGAAAGUUGCAUCUACCAAAUUUCGUGAGCAUUCGGAGAAGUCGCCACUACAGAAAGCAGCCACAUCACGUGCAGCAAUAUUGAGAUCGCACAUAGAAAAGAAAUCGGAACCCCUCAGGUAGAUUAAUGCAUGGGUCAAGUUUCAGCCAAGGUUGAAAUAUGGGUAUACCAAGUUUGGCGCGAGUUUUAAAAAGAAAACAAGGUUAUGUUUAACCUGUCAUGGUUUAAUGUUAUAGAUUUUGACCUGGUGAAUUUUUUACCGAUUUUUAUUUUAUUAUUCGUUCUUCACAUGAGCAGUUAUAUAGCCUAAAACGUCAAUAAACACAGGUUAAAUGGAAACCCAUUGUGCGGACUCAUAAAAUCGCUUUCCCCAAUUGCCAUUUUGGUUUAAUGUUGUACAUAGCAUCUUGUACUAAACGAAUCUAACUUGCUUUGUUGUCUAGAUGGCUAAACAAAGUAAAUAUUUUGCGUUUUAUGUCAAUUUAUUCCGUAACUGUGCGUAUUUAUUUAAAUAUAUUUUGAAUAUUCGUGUUAAUGUAGGUAUAUCAAGUUAUGACUAUCAAGUUUGUGUUGUGCUUUAUCUAUUUAGCAUAAAAUUAUCGUUGCUUAUGUAUUGUAACCUUGUCCGCAAAACGGGCGAAGUCACAGUUUGUAUCAAAUAUAGAAAGAAAGCUAUCGCCAUUAAGCCGUAUUAUUUACGACCAGCGGGAGUCCGCAUUUUCGAUUAUAAUUAGUUGCGCAAGACGCAAGUCAAUACAAAUGCAACAAUUUCAUGUUGUAUUUCAUAUUAUAAAGUUGUAGUUUCAAAUUUUAUUGAUAAGAAAUAAUCAAGACGAUGUUUGUGUAGAAUAUAAACAUUAUAUCAUGGGUAUUCAUCGCACUUGUAUGGAUUUGCAGUCUUGCGCAACUAAUUAUAAUCGACAAUGCGGACUCCCGCUGGUCAUAAAUAAUACGGCUUAAUGGCGAUAGCUUUCUUUCUAUAUUUGAUACAAACUGUGACUUUCGCCCGUUUUGCGGACAAGGUUACAAUACAUAAGCAACGAUAAUUUUAUGCUAAAUAGAUAAAGCACAACACAAAGUUGAUAGACAUAACUUGAUAUACCUACAUUAACACGAAUAUUCAAAAUAUAUUUAAAUAAAUACGCACAGUUACGGAAUAAAUUGACAUAAAACGCAAAAUAUUUACUUUGUUUAGCCAUCUAGACAACAAAGCAAGUUAGAUUCGUUUAAUACAAGAUGCUAUGUACAACAUUAAACCAAAAUGGCAAUUGGGGAAAGCGAUAUUAUGAGUCCGCACAAUGGGUUUUCAUUUAACCUGUGUUUAUUGACGUUUAAGCCUAUAUAACUGCUCAUGUGAAGAACGAAUAAUAAAAUAAAAAUCGGUAAAAAUUCACCAGGUCAAAAUCUAUAACAUUAAACCAUGACAGAUUAAACCUAACCUUGUUUACUUUUUAAAAAUCGCGCCUAACUUGGUAUACCCGUAUUUCGACCUUGGCCGAAACCUGACCCAUGCAUUAAUCUACCUGAGCCAUUGAUGUUUUGCUGGAUGAAAUGAAAAGGCAACAAAUAGAAGAGAACAGACAAGGAAGGCAAAAUAUUUCACUACGAGGACACAGAGAUGAUUCUUCAAAUUAUCUGUCAGAUGACGUCAACUGUGGCAAUUUUAUUGAAAUAUUAAAGUAUGGAGCAGUAGGCGCGGGGAAGACACUAGAAGAGUUUUUCAAGAGCACCCUAAAGAACCUGACGUACAAAUCAAGACCAUCCAGAAUGAAAUUAUUGAUAUUUGUGGCGACCUCAUUACAAAGAAAAUUGCAGAUGAGAUCCGCAAAGCAAGGUUUUCUCCGUUCUCGCUGACGAAGCAGCUGAUCGUGAGAAAUUAGAACAACUUAGCCUCGUUGUUCGUUUUGUGGAUGAAACGCAUCGCAUUAGAGAACAGUUUCUUGAUUUCCUGCAAUGCAACAGGGGUUUGUCGAGCGACGCUAUUGCCACUACGAUCAAAGAUUUCCUUCGUGAUCAGAAUUUAACAAUUGAUGACUGUCGUAGUCAGGAUUAUGAUGGAGCAGGAAAUAUGGCGGAGAGGCUAUCUGGAGCAACAGCUAGGAUUCAAGAAAUUAAUAAGAAAGCCUUUUAUGUCCACUGUAACUCUCACAUUUGAAAUCUUUGCGUUGCUAGCAACUGUAAAGAACAACUUGUAAGAGAUACGAUCGAUCAUGUUCGUGUCGCCUCAGAAUUUUUCAACUUUUCUCCCAAGCGUUUCGAGCUUUUGGUCAAGACUAUUAAAGAAAUUUGUCCUGCAUCAAGUCAUACACGUCUGAUCAUGUCUGCAAAACUAGAUGGGUAGCAAGAAUUGAUGGAUUGUCUGUGUUUGUUGAAAUUUUCCACGCUGUUGUUAAAUGCUUUCAAACAAUUCGAAACAAUGUAGACAAAUCAUGGAAUGUAGUAUCCACCAGAAAAGCUUGUUAUUUAUUUAUUUAUUUUAGUUACCUCUUUUCCGUUUAUCGUAACCCUGGUUGUGGUCUCGAAAUGUCUGGAGGUGACCCGUCCACUUACCGUGCAACUGCAAGAAUCAGCUAUAGAUGCAGGAGCGGCAAGAGAAAAGGUAUCUGGUUUAUAUGUACACCUCGAGAAAGUGAGGAAUGAAGUGGAUAGAAGGCAUGACUCGUCGUACCAAGAAGCAGUCUCUCUUGCAGAUUUAGUUGGAACCGAGCCACACAGACCAAAAAUAGCAGGAAGGCAGCAUCACCGCGCAAACAUACCAGCUGACUCACCAACAGAUUACUACAAGCGUGUGGUUACCAUCCCCUUUUUGGAUCAUUUUAAGUCCCAAAUCCAAACUAGAUUCUCCGAGACUAACCUGGAUGUUAUGAACGCUGUUUAUGGUUUACCCAGGAAUAUUUUGACCUGCCCUGACUGGGAAACAAAAUUUUCGAAGUUCCCUGACAUGUACAAAGAUGAUCUACCGCAACCUCGCUUUCUCAGUACGGAAUUGGAAAUGUGGAGUGAACGAUGUCAGAUGGAAAAGGGCCCGUUGCCAUCGAAAUUAACUGACGUUUUGCCUUUCGUAUACAAAAUCAGCUUCCCUAAUAUAUAUACUGCAUUGCAAAUAUUUGCUACAAUCCCAGUUACUACAUGUAUUUGCGAAAGAUCUAUCUCUGUUUUACGCCGACUUAAGACAUACCUUCGCAGCACCAUGUCAGAAUCUAGGUUGAAGAGUCUAGCCUUACUGAAUGUACAUCGCGAAAUUCACUUGGAUACUGAGGAAAUUAUUGACGAAUUCGCAAUCAAAAAACCACGACGAAUGAUGCUAAAACUAUUUUGAUGUACAAUCUCUACAUUGCAAUUAAUCCAGGACACUUGUGAUUUACAGGUGAAAAUGUUUCAAAUGCCGUCGUGCUGUACGUCUACGUCAAC